AUGUUUUUCAAAUCACGUAUGCGCAAAUCGAAAUCAUGGCCCGCUCCCCCGAAUAUUUCCCGUCAAACGCGUCAGAUUGAAGUACUUCAUGAUAGUCGUGAAGAUACAUUCAUAUGUGAAAAAAAUACUGCAUACAGUUGCAGUAAUGGUAGUGGCGAUGGCGGAAGUGGUAAUAGUAGUAAUAUUAGUAAUGCGACAAAUGGAUCUGAUCAACCGACUUCACACCUAAAUUUUGCUAUCUCCGAAUUAGUGAAUACGGAACGAAGUUAUGUUCGUGAAUUACAAUCUAUCGUUGAUUUUUAUAUAAGGCCAUUUGAAGCACCUGAAAAUGAACAUUUAAUAGCAGCACAUUUAAGGGAUCGUUCUGAUAUUUUAUUUGGCAAUAUUCCUGAUCUGUUAAAUUUUCACAAUAACAAUCUUUUGGCUGAUUUUUUGACGGCUGGAAAUUCAAUAAUUGAAAUAUGCCAAUGCUUUCUCAAUCAUCGCAAUAAAUUCCUUCAACUUUAUCAUCGUUACUGUCAAAAUAAGCCAUUGAGUGAAACUUUACGACGAGAACAACAACCGGAUGGAACGGUUGCGAAAUUUUUUACGGAAUGCCAAAAACGAGCUGGACAUCCAUUACCAUUAAGUGCUUAUUUAUUAAAACCGAUACAGAGGAUCACCAAAUAUCAACUUUUACUAAAAGAAGUACAUCGUCAUUGUGCUGAUCAGGUUAAGCCUCAUGUUGAUGAAGCUUUAUCAUCAAUGUUAGAUUUAUUGGCUCAACUUAAUACAGCCAUGCAUCAAUUGCAUAUUGCGGGAUUUGUAGGUGAUCUUAAUCAAAUGGGUCCAUUAAGACUUCAAAAUGAAUGUGACAUUUAUGCAUUCAAAAAGAGGACACGUCGUCUUAAUAAAGCUCAACGUCGACAUCUGUUCCUCUUUGAUGGUGGUUUAUUAUUCUGUAAAAAACGUUCUCAAUUGUUGACAAACGCUUCUGAAUACUAUGAACAUAAAUUAUCCAUACCAACGUGUAGUCUUGGCUUCUCAGAAACAUCAAAAACAUCAUCUGCACGUUUUGAAGUUUGGGAUGAGACAAAAGGUGAAGCAUUUGUUGUACAACCAAUUGAUGAAACUGCUCGAAUAAAAUGGAUACAACGACUUUAUAGGAUAAUUGGUGAACGUGUAACACAUCGAGAUCGACUAAAUCAACAGCAUCGAUCGGCGCGUCCACAAUCUUGGGCUUCUACAAUCUCCACUGACAGUAUUCGUUCUUCUGAUGCAACUACAGAUAGUAGUGUUGUGGAUGGAAAUGGUAAUAAUCCAAAUGGUGCAUGCUAUUCAUCAUCCUCUUCUGGAUCACCAACAUUUGUUCCGGCCACAUCGGAUGAAGAUCAGGAUAAUAAUAUCACUAAAACCGACCAGCUACAAACACGAUCGUAUAGUUGCCCAGAGAAUUCUCUGGAAUUACCAUCGUCAUCACCAUUAACAACAACAACAACAGCAACAAUAACAGCAGCGACAACAACAACAACGACAACAACAAUGCCAUCUUCGGGAAUAUUAAAUACAAUGAUAUCAUCCUCAGUAUUAGCACCCAAAUCAGUAAUAACAACAAUAACAACAACAGCACCAUUGAAUACAAUUGUAGAGAGUUCUUCUUCCACUGAAUUAUUUGCAACAAUUUAA